UUGUAGUAGGGGAGUAUCUGCUUUUCUAAUUAACUGAAACUCUGCUCCUCACAUGACGAUAACAACAAAUUUUUGCAUUGCUCUUCAGUCUUUCUUCUCUUUUUAUUUCAAAAAGUAGAGAAGCUUACAUCAACUCUCUGCUUUCACAAAACUCCAUUCUCACUAUAUAUAAAGCACCAUAUUUUAGCUCUAUUUGUCCGUUCAUUCUUCUUGCACAUUUCCUCAUUGCUCACUUGUCUUUCUCUUACAAAAAACCUCUGUUCCAAAUCCAUGGAAGCUUUUAACAUACUCAAAUUCUGGCGCACUGCCGCCGUUAGAGAUAUCGUUUCUGAUCUUGAUUCUGUUAAUAAUUUCGUCGACUACUUACACAACCGAGCACUGGAGACUGAUGAAAAAACCAAUGACGACGAUGACUCGUUCUUCGAUUUGGUAUUCACAGGACACCCUGAAGAAAACAACAACAACAACACCAAAUCCGUUUCUGAAAAAAAUUUACCCGAGUCACCUAAAGAUGUGUUUUUGAAACCAAAAGCUUUUCCAAUUGACUCAAACUCCAAGCCUCUUUCUCCGACUUCUAUACUCAGAUCAGCUCCCAAAUUUCGGGUCUGCUUCUUGGGCUUCAGGAAGUCAAAGCCGGAGAAAGUAGGGGUUGACGAUUCUUCUGCAGCAAGUCCGAAAAUGCAAGACCAGAAACUCUCCCCUAAAGCACAGAGCAAUCGGUUUACGAUGAAAUGCAAGGUGGAGGAGGUUCCAGCCAGCUGUAUUUCUUUCAGAUACAGCAAAAGUUUAAAAGGAAACCAAGUUCAAAAAGAAGAAGAAAAUGCUUCAGUUAAAGACUCAUCAAAGCAAGAUAUGCCCAAAUAUUUGAAGUUAAUGAAGCCUCUAUACUCCAGAGCUUCCAAAAGGUACACCGGCAAUAUAAAAAUAUCAGACAAUGUUUCAAGAGCAAGUCAAUUGUCUUCUCCGUCAAUGCAAUCAUUGAGCUUACCCAGAAAAUCAUCAGAGGAGGGAAAACAGGGGAACCGAGUUGCUGUACUUGGAGUUGUACGUAAACAGCUAAGGAAGAGCCGGUCGAUGGCAUCCGUUGCCGGAGUUUCAACGUCGCCGAUGAACCGGAGAGACGAUUCACUGCUGGAGCAAAAUGACGGAAUCCAAAGUGCUAUUCUUCAUUGCAAGAGAUGCUACAGCUCAGCCGCAAAAGACUGUUCGAUGUCAUUAUCAAGAUCUGCAAAUGAAGAUAUGUCAAGAGCCUCUUCUGAGGAACUGAACAGAUGGAGUAUUUGAAUAAAUCAUCAUUUUGAAACUAAAUAGAUAGCGGGAACUUAAAUUUUACUAGAUACAGAGGCUUUGUAGUGUUCCCUUUGCUAAUAUCAGUAUUUUGGAUUUUACAAACGGACUAACAGAGUACUGUUGUUAGUACAUCACUUGACAACUUCCGUCCAGGAAUGAAUAGUUUUUGUUUGUGUAAAGUGACUGAGGAACAAAUGUAAUAUGAUUUCUUAAGA